AUGUCCUCACCCCUCACUCGUUUAGCACAACAAGGUAGACAUCUCGCUUCCAAAGUCAUUCUGCCAACGAUGACUACGACUGCAGCCGACUUCAAGACUCGCCAGGUGGGCGCACAGUAUACUCUGGAAUACCGAGUUUACCUCGAAAACACCAAGACCGGCCAGCCGGCAUCUCCCUUUCACGAUGUGCCCCUCUUCGCCAACGAGGAGAAGACCAUUCUGAACAUGUUCGUCGAGAUUCCCAGGUGGACCAAUGCCAAGCAGGAGAUUUCAAAGGAGGAACCCUUCAACCCUGUCAAGCAGGAUAUCAAGAAGGGAAAGCUCAGAUUCGUCCGCAACUGCUUCCCGCACCACGGCUACAUCUGGAAUUACGGAGCCUUUCCUCAGACGUGGGAGGACCCCAACCACACCCACCCCGACACCAAAGCCAAGGGAGACAAUGACCCACUCGACGUUUGUGAGAUCGGAGAGCAGGUUGCGUACCCUGGUCAGAUCAAGCAAGUCAAGGUCCUCGGGGUCAUGGCUCUCCUCGACGAGGGUGAGACCGAUUGGAAGAUCAUCGUCGUCGACAUCAAUGACCCUCUGGCCUCGAAGCUGAAUGACAUCGAGGACGUCGAGCGCCACCUACCUGGUCUGAUCCGAGCCACUAACGAGUGGUUCCGAAUUUACAAGAUCCCAGACGGAAAGCCCGAGAACCAAUUCGCCUUCUCCGGAGAGGCAAAGAACAAGAAGUACGCUACCGAGGUCGUACACGAAUGCCAUGAGGCAUGGAAGAGACUCAUCACUGGACAAGUUGACGCCGGAGAGGUCAGCAUUGUUAACUCCACGGUCCAAGGGUCGAAGGGACUCGCCGAUGCGUCAACUCUUUCUGCAGCUGUUCCGCAGGCUAACCCUCUCCCACCUGCCCCCAUCGACCCAUCGGUUCAGAAGUCUUUCUUCAUUUCCUCGAGCGCGGUCUAGGCUUGCGGCAGUAUUGUUGUGAUUGCAGUGUCUCUCACAGCCAAAUUACAUUGACGGCGCAAUACGAUAUCUUCAUCUGGGCGCAGAGGGUAUUGUGAUGACGUCGUGUGGUGAAGCAGGGACUCCUCAGCCUCACCCAAAGAAGAAGUCUACUGAGUUGCUACUGACUUGCUCACAGGG